AUGUCAUCAAAUAGUUACUCUACUACAUUUACAGUGCAGUGCUCUUAUAAGCCAAAACAGAUUUUAACUAUACAAGAUAUUAGUCAAUCUUUCUACAGUCAGUUAAUUAAACUUGAUGGUAAGGAAAAUGAAAAUACAGCAGUCUCAGCAACACCAAUGCCAACAUUGAAUACUUGGGAAAUUAAACCAACUCGUAUGCUUAUGCUAACAUUAACAGACGGUGUACAAAUAUUAAAAGGCAUGGAAUAUAAACCUAUACCAUUUCUUCAUACCAAAUUACCUUCAGGAACAAAGAUUUCAGUCUUUGGUCCAAUUGAAUGUAGAUUAGGUGUUUUAAUAUUAUCGGCUGAAAAAAUAAAGAUUCUUGGAGGUGCAGUUGAAUCGUUAAUUGAAGAGAAUAACCAAAGAAAAAUAUUAUGUGGCGCAUUGGGACAAGAUGAAACUAGUUACGUAAAUGAAUUAACUAGAGGAGAAAAUUCUGAAAUACAAAGUAAUGAUUCUGGAAUUGUCAUAACUGAAAGUAAUGUGUUAACAGAACAAAAUCAAAAUAGCAAUAACAGAAGAGCACUUACUCAAAGGACAGAAAGACAAGUCAACACUGUUAGCUCAUCUAAUAUUUCCACUAAUUAUAGCAAUGAUAAUUUUGUUAUAGAUUUAACAACUGAUGAAAAUGAACCUGAAAGUAGUAAGAUUGUAAAUGUAUCAGAAGCACUUGAAUAUGAUGAUGAUGAUGAAUUUAUGAUGAGUAUAGAUUAUGAUCAGUUGGAUCAAUUAGUUAAAGAAAACUGUAAUAAGGAAAUUUUUCCAUUUAAUGAAGAAAUUCCUGAAUCACCACCGAAAAAAAUUCGAAAUAAUUCAUAUAAAAUUAAAGCUCCCCCACCAUUUUUAUCUCAAAUACCAGAAUUGGACUCAUUUGAUUCAGAUGAUUAAUAACUAAAACAAAAAUUUAUAUUUGGAAAACUUCUUUUGAAGAAGUAUGUGUUUUUGUCUGUCAUAUUUAUUUUUGAAUAAAAAUGUAUCUAGAUUUAUAAAUAUGGCUUAAAUACAUUUUAUGUACAGUACAAACUAAUAAUAAGAAUAAAUGUGUUAAUU